AUGCAAAAACAGAGAGAAAAUGGAGAGGUGAUUGAUGUCAGGACAAAGAAAUUGGGGAGGGUAGGUCCAAAACCAAAAGAAUGGCCAGAUGCACUGCUACAGUCAGUCCCUCUAAGGUUGCGGACAACCGAAAGAAGUUAUGCGGCUGCUUUGGGAAUUUCACAUGUCACACUUUACAGGUUGAUUAAACAGGGCAAAUUAAGGGUUCAUUCAAGCAACAAUCAUCCAGCCCUCAGUGCAGAUCAUAAGAUUGCAAGGAUGAAUUGGGUUUUAUCCCAUAUCAUCCCUGGCACACCCACAACAAAUCCCAGAUUUGUUGAUAUGGAUAAAGUCAUUCAUAUCGACGAAAAAUGGUUUUAUUUAAACCCGGAGACAAGGAAGUUUUAUCUCUGUCCACUAGAAGAAGACCCAUACAGAUGCCAACAAAGUAAAAGGUUCAAAGUGAAAGGCAUGUUCAUGGGACUCAUUGGCAGAGUACUUCAAGAUGAACAAGGCAGAAUUAUUCACGAUGGGAAGUAUGGGAUUUUCCCAUUUGUGUAUGAGCAAAUGGCUAAAAAAAGUAGCAAGAACAGGCAAGCUGGGACAAUGGAAUUAAAAGCCCAUCAACAUGUCACAAAAGAUAUCAUAAGAGAUAUGCUUUUAAACAAAGUCAUUCCAGCUAUUCUAGAGAAGUGGCCAAGACAAUUAGGCAGGAAUGUGUACAUUCAAUGGGACAACGCUAGACCACACAAAAUACCAACAGAUCCAGAGUUUGUGGCAGCAGCAACCCAAAGGGGCCUCAACAUCCAAAUGAUAUAUCAACCAGCCCAAUCCCCUGAUUUAAAUGUCUUAGACUUAGGCUUAUUCAACUCAAUUCAGUCACUGCAAUAUCAUACUUUCCCAACUAAUUUGUCUGAGUUAAUUAAGGAAGUUGAGAAUGCAUACACUGAGUUUGACCCUAUUGUGAACAGAAACAGUUGGCUGACAUUACAAAUGGUUAUGCUUAAGAUUCUUCAGCAUAAAGGGGGAAACAACUUCAAAACUCCACAUAUGGCAAAGGAAAGGCUGGAAAAUGUAGGAAUUUUGCCCAGAAAUGUUCCAGUGGACAAACAUAUUUUAGAGGAGGCAAUCCACUAUCUUAGUAAAAGGUUCAGGCCAUCAGAUCGACCAAAUGACACAAAUGCAGAACAAGAAGCAGGAAAUGAAGAAGGAAGGAAUGAAGUGGAUGCAGACUAA